UUUGUCACAUUAAAACUUGUCUGUAUUACAGGGGGCUCCCUGGGUUGGGUCAAAUCUGGAGAUGUGGAGUUGUCCCACUGGUUACAGGCCAUCUUAUUUCGUGCUAGAGGGGGGUAAAGGAGUGGGGAGGAGCAUCAGGGAGUCACAAGCUCCCCUGCUCUGUCGCUCCACCCCCCGCGCGCUCGCUGAGGAUUGGUGGAGUGCGCGCCAAGAGCUGUCUUCCUGACCCUUCAGCUACAUCCAAUCGGUGCUCAUGCACAUAUGCAUUCAUUUUUUCUUUUAAGUAUGGUUGAUACUGAAAAUUUAAUCCAGCUGGUUAUCUGUUCUGAUAUCCACUGCUAUUGAAUAGCUUGUUAAACUGGGGGUUUUAGGAGAUCUCAUUUUCAAGUGCCUUUCAAUGGUCCUGUCAGGCAGACAGCUCACAAUCUGUACUCCACCGCCUGCGUCAGAUGCUGGGUUAGAAAGACAGGAGCACGCGCAGAAACAGCGAUGACUUCUUUAUUUCAGAGCUUUGGAGGCUUCUAGAUACAAACAAUUAAACCACAGACUUUUCUCCCUACCCCAUUGGCCAGGAUUCAAGAAAGCAGGCCAGGAUAAAGAAAUCAAAGUUUUAAAAAUAUUUCAUGAAAAUGCUAAAAGAAUAAACAAAAAGCAAUGAUUAAUACUUUUUCCCUUUUCCUUCAAAUAUGUAAUAUUAUUCCCAAAGAAAUGGGAUCAGUUCAUUUGGGCAAGAUCAAGCCAGUAACUGCCCUCCUGUAGUUCGACAUGAAAACUGAAUUGAUGGACAGCUGGAAGCCUGACUAUAACUCAUGGAUAAAGUGAACAAAUCAAAGCCUUUCUUCCCCCCCGUUACCCUUGAAGCAUUCCUUUUGUUUUCUUUGAAAUGAAACAUUCAUUGCAUGAAUGAAAACUAAGAAUAGUCUUUUUUUUGUUUUUUUUUCGUUUGUUUGUUGUGAUUUGGAAGAACCUGUUUUAUUUCCAUAUUUAAGAAAGAAUGUAUUGUUUGAAAACUUUACUAACGAUCUUGUUUUCUGAUUUUGUCUCUUUUGGUUUUUCCACAACUGAUAUUGUUAUUUAGAAGGUUUCAGGUGGGUGACACUAUUCCUGCGUAGGUGCCUGGCGGAAAGGAACACUAGGGCAGCCUCAGUCCUCUCCUCUUCUUCCAGCCAGCUGCGGCCACCACUCUGACAAAGUCCAAAAAUAUGGCUUGUUACCUGAAAGCCAUUGAGACUCAGCCCAACUUUGCAGUGGCUUGGAGCAACCUGGGCUGUGUGUUCAACGCUCAGGGAGAGAUAUGGCUGGCCAUACACCAUUUUGAAAAGGCAGUGACUCUGGACCCAAAUUUCCUUGACGCUUAUAUCAAUUUAGGAAACGUUUUGAAGGAAGCCAGAAUCUUUGACAGAGCUGUGGCUGGAUACCUACGAGCUCUGAGUCUUAGCCCCAACCAUGCGGUUGUCCAUGGGAACCUGGCCUGUGUCUACUACGAGCAAGGUCUCAUUGACCUGGCUAUUGACACCUACCGUCGUGCUAUUGAAUUGCAGCCCCACUUUCCAGAUGCCUACUGCAAUUUGGCAAAUGCCCUGAAGGAGAAAGGCAAUGUGUCUGAAGCAGAAGAGUGCUACAACACAGCCUUGCGUUUGUGUCCAACCCAUGCUGACUCUCUUAACAACUUGGCCAAUAUCAAGCGUGAGCAGGGAAACAUUGAAGAGGCAGUUCAGCUCUACAGGAAAGCCCUAGAGGUGUUCCCAGAGUUUGCAGCAGCUCACUCUAACCUGGCCAGUGUCCUGCAGCAGCAGGGAAAACUUCAGGAGGCCCUCAUGCACUACAAGGAGGCUAUCAGAAUCAGCCCCACAUUUGCUGAUGCCUACUCAAACAUGGGUAAUACCCUGAAGGAAAUGCAAGAUGUACAAGGAGCACUUCAAUGCUACACUCGUGCCAUCCAGAUUAACCCAGCAUUUGCUGAUGCUCACAGCAAUUUAGCCUCUAUCCACAAGGAUUCUGGAAACAUACCAGAGGCCAUUGCAUCUUACCGCACAGCCUUGAAACUCAAGCCAGACUUCCCCGAUGCUUACUGCAACUUGGCGCAUUGCCUACAGAUUGUGUGUGACUGGACAGAUUAUGACGAGCGGAUGAAGAAGCUUGUAAGCAUUGUGGCUGACCAGCUGGAUAAGAACCGGUUGCCUUCAGUGCACCCACACCACAGCAUGCUGUACCCUCUCCGCCACAGCUUCCGCAAGGCCAUUGCUGAGCGCCACGGAAACCUUUGCCUGGACAAGGUACACGCACUGAUGAAAAUCAAUGCACUGCACAAACCGGCUUAUGAGCAUCCAAAGGAUCUGAAGGCCAGCAGUGGACGUCUGCGUAUUGGCUAUGUCAGUUCUGACUUUGGCAACCACCCGACUUCCCACCUGAUGCAGUCCAUUCCUGGAAUGCACAAUCCCGAGAAGUUUGAGGUGUUCUGCUACGCGCUCAGCCCUGAUGAUAGUACCAACUUCCGUGUGAAAGUGGUAGCAGAGGCCCAUCAUUUCACAGACCUCUCCCAGAUCCCUUGCAAUGGCAAAGCAGCCGAUCGUAUUCACCAGGAUGGAAUCCACAUUCUGGUCAACAUGAACGGAUACACCAAAGGAGCCCGAAAUGAGCUGUUUGCCCUCCGUCCUGCCCCCAUUCAGGCGAUGUGGCUGGGUUACCCAGGAACCAGUGGGGCUCCCUUCAUGGACUAUAUCAUCACUGACCAGGAGACAUCACCUAUGGACGUAGCUGAGCAGUAUUCUGAGAAACUCGCCUACAUGCCCAAUACUUUCUUCAUUGGAGACCACGCCAACAUGUUCCCUCAUCUCAAGAAGAAGGCAGUGAUUGAUUUCAAGUCUAAUGGACACAUUUUUGACAACCGCAUUGUUCUUAAUGGUAUUGAUCUGAAGGCCUUCUUGGACAGUCUGCCAGAUGUCAAAGUGAUAAAAAUGAAGUGUGACAACAACCAGGAACCUGCUGGGGACACAAAUGGAGCUCUGUCCAUGCCCGUAAUUCCCAUGAACACAGCAGCUGAAGCAAUCAUCAACAUGAUCAAUCAAGGCCAAAUCCAGGUCACAAUCAAUGGCUUCACUGUCAGCAAUGGCCUCGCCACCACACAGAUCUUUUCAUCAGAUGAGGUUCUAGUCUCUCAGACUGUGUCCGUACAGAUCAAUAACAAAGCUGCCACUGGGGAGGAGGUGCCACGCACGAUCGUUGUGACAACCCGCUCCCAGUACGGUCUUCCAGAGGACUCCAUUGUCUACUGUAACUUCAACCAGCUCUACAAGAUUGAUCCCCCUACGCUUCAAAUGUGGGCCAAUAUCCUGAAGCGUGUACCCAACAGUGUGUUGUGGCUUCUUCGCUUCCCUGCUGUGGGCGAGCCCAACAUCCAGCAGUACGCUCAGAACAUGGGUCUGCCUGGCUCUCGUAUCAUCUUUUCUCCUGUGGCCCCCAAGGAGGAGCAUGUGAGAAGGGGCCAGCUGGCUGAUGUGUGCUUAGAUACUCCUCUGUGCAAUGGUCACACCACAGGCAUGGAUGUUCUCUGGGCUGGAACGCCCAUGGUCACGCUGCCAGGUGAGACCCUUGCCUCCCGUGUAGCUGCCUCACAACUCAACUGUCUGGGCUGCCCUGAGCUAAUAGCCCAGAGUCACCAGGACUAUGAGGACAUAGCAGUCAAACUGGGCUCCGACAUGGAAUACCUGAAGAUGGUCAGAGCACGUGUUUGGAAGCAGCGAAUCUGCAGCCCUCUUUUCAACACCAAGCAGUACACAAUGGACCUGGAGAGGCUGUACCUGCAAAUGUGGGAGCACCAUAGCAAUGGCAACAAGCCAGAACACCUGGUUAAACUGCAGACAGUAGAGACCAGUGAGAAUGCCUGAACUGGAAGCACGCUGAUUUCUUUUCACUUAUACCCCAGCCAUGUCCUGCCCGCCCCACCAUCUUUUUUUCAGCUCCCUAGCUUGAAUGGUCAGUUUCCACUCCAGCCCCUCUCUCUGAACGAUUGUCUUCAUCUCUCUCAUUUACUAUUAAUGGGACUCUUAUUUGUAAAGGAGCCUACAGAUGUACACAGUUGUCCCCCAUCACAUUCGUCACACAUCUGCAUUUCCUGAGCCGGGUAGAGCCUGAGACUUUCAGGCACCUUGUCUGAGACUCCUGUCCUAAAACACCGUAUAUUUGGUGAGCAUGAGACGAUUGUGAAUGUCCUGUUACCCCCUCAGUGCUUCAGUGGAUUUUGUUUCUCCUUUCCGUGUGCAUACAGGACUAAUUGCAGCUUGUGGAGAGAAUGCCCAGCUGUCAUUACUUGUUGAUCUAUUUAUAAAUGGAUAAAAGAGUGUUGUGUGUUUUAAGAGGACAAUGUUGCACCGUGAAAAUUGUAACUCUGAAUUAAGUUUCAUCAGCUUUAACAUGCAAUUGUAAAACAUAGAUUGCAACUGCUCUUUAGUUUGUCUUAAGCUGUUAUUAAAUGACUACAAUUAGUAAAUGUGCAAGUUUUGAAGAAUAAGGUCUAGAUAAAGACUUUUUCCCUCACCUAAUGCCAACUUUCAUUCAUUUUUUUUUUUUUUCAGUCACGAAAUAUGUUCAGUAUGUGUUGUCCUGUUUGAUGUCACACUCUGCUUGUAAAAAUGAUUGGGCAAACCUGGACAGAGGAGUUUCAUGUCGUUGGAAAGGGCCUAAAUUUAAGUUUAGAUGUCAGAGCUGUUCACAAAUUGAUCUUGUUUUUUUUAAUCACAUAGAGAACGGCCUCGGUAAGUAUUUUCUAAGCAGUUUUUGUUUUUGUAUUGUCCGUUAACUGUAUGCUGUCAAUGAUGCCGCAUAAAUAUAUUAAAAAAUAAAGAGAUGGCAAA